AUGAAGAUUAAUGUAAAGACAAGCAAAGGAGAGGUCUACAGCGUGGAAGUGGAGGGACCAGAAAGCACGGUAUUAGCGCUAAAAGAGAAGAUAUCCGAGCAAGCACAGGCUCCGGUUUCAAAGAUCAGGCUCAUUCAUGUUGGAAAACUACUUAAGGACCAGGAGCCACUCAAAACAUACAAGCUAGAGGAUGACUCAAUGGUGCACUUGGUUGUGCCAAGCUCGGAAAAGAAAGCAAGCUCUACCCCCAGCCCAGCGCAGGCAGAAGCGCCGGCAGGCGAAGAGGCACACGCCUCAGAAGCGCCUCGCAGCAGAGCAUCAAGCAGCGCACCUAAUAUGACAAUGCCAAACGGAUGGCCCGGGCAGAUGGAUCCCCAGAUUCUAAAUUCGAUGCCAAACAUGGAUGGCAACAGCAGCGAGAUGCAGGCUAUGAUGCAGACCAAAAUGAAAGAGCUUAUGAAGAAUCCAGAGCAGAUAAAGGUGCUUAUGGAGGCCUCUCUAAGCAUGCAAAACAUUCCAGAGGCAACAAAGAAAACCAUGAUGGACAGCAUAAACAAAUUUGCAGACCUUGCAAAGAGCAACCCAGAGCAGUUUGAAUCUUUCAUGAACCACAUGAUGGACAACCCGAAUUUAUCAAAUAUGUACAUGAACCCUGGAAUGGGAGGCAUGCCUGGAUUUGGGCAGGGGAUGUCCCAGCAGCCGCAGGCUCAAGGAGCGCAGCAAGUACAAAUUCCUGCAGGCAUGAUGCCCUCUUUCAACCGAGAAGAGGCCAUGAAAAAGUACCAGUCUGAGCUUUCAGAGUUGGAACAGAUAGGAUAUAGCAACGUUGAGCUCAACCUAGUUGCACUCGUAUGCACGGAAGGUGAUCUGACAAAGGCUGUAAAUCUUAUUAUGGAUUGGACUAGCGAGGAUAAUCAUUAA